AUGUCGCCUAGUCAACAAGCGCAGGACCUGAUAAGCAGCAAGUUGAAAGAACAAGAACCAGAACACUGUCCUGGCCCGGAGUCUGAAACUGCAGGCAAAGACGAUGCUUGCAAAGGAUGUGCGAAUCAGGAAAUUUGCUCUUCACAAAUACCAAAGGGUCCCGAUCCAGAUGUACCUUUGAUCAACAGCAGGUUGAAAAACAUCCAACACAAGAUACUAGUCCUUUCAGGAAAAGGCGGUGUGGGGAAAUCUACAUUCACAUCCAUGCUAUCGUGGGCUAUUGCAGCAGACGAAGAGUUGGAAGUCGGUGCUAUGGAUUUAGAUAUAUGUGGUCCAUCACUACCGCGUAUGCUAGGCGCAGGGGAGAAUGAGAGCAUACACCAAUCCAAUAGUGGUUGGAGUCCCGUUUUUGUUGCCGAUAACUUGGGUCUAAUGAGCAUCUCUUUUAUGCUUCCCGAUAGUGAUCUGGCGAUAAUAUGGCGAGGAGCGAAAAAGAAUGGCCUAAUAAAACAGUUUUUGAAGGAUGUGGAUUGGGGUGAGCAUUUGGAUUACCUAUUGGUAGAUACUCCUCCUGGAACUAGUGAUGAACAUCUAUCAGUUACGUCGUUAAUGAGGGAAGUUGGUAUUGAUGGUGCCUUGAUUGUUACCACGCCACAGGAAGUUGCCUUGUUAGACGUGCGAAAGGAAAUCGACUUUUGCCGCAAGGCAAACAUCAAAAUUUUGGGUCUAGUUGAAAACAUGUCUGGAUUUGUAUGUCCAAAUUGUCAAGGAAAGAGUCAAAUUUUCAAGGCUACAACUGGCGGUGGUGAGAAAUUGUGCAAAGAAUUGGGCAUUGAUUUUUUGGGAUCAGUACCUUUGGAUCCACGUAUAGGUAGGGCUUGUGACGAAGGAGUGUCAUUCUUUGAUUUGUACCCUGACUCGCCGGCGUCUACGGCUAUCUUGGAUGUUGUGGAUGCUUUGCGAGAUAAAGUGGAGUUGAAUAUGAAUGGGUUGAAGUUGGCAUAG